AUGUUCUGGCUUCUGCACCUCGCCUUGCUGGUUGUGACGUGGGCCGCUGGCGACACAUAUCUGAUAGGGGCAGGCAGAGGCGAUAUUACCGGCCCGGUCGUAGAGGUCCCCUUCCACGGCUACGCGUCCCUCGAUCAGAAGGGCACAGGUCUGCGGCAACGCAUUUAUGCGCGUUCGUUCAUCGUUGGCGACGUCAACAAGCCAGCGGAUAGGUUCCUCUACAUCGUCCUGGACACGAUCGCCGGCGACACGGCCAUCCGCCGGGGCGUCAUCGAGGCGUUGCAAUCCCUGGGGGGCGAGUAUGCGCUGUACACGUCGAACAACGUCGCGCUUGUCGGCACGCACUCCCACUCUGGCCCGGGUGGGUGGCACAACUACGUCCUCACGCAGGUGCCGGCGCUCGGGUUCACAAAGCAGAGCUACCAGGCCAUCGUGGACGGCACUGUGCUCUCGGUCAAGCGCGCGCACGAGUCCCUCACUCCGGGCACUCUCGCUGUUGGCACGGCCAAGGUCCACGACGGUGCGAUCAACCGCUCUCUCUGGGCAUUCCUCGCCAAUCCGGAGGCUGAGCGUGCGCAAUAUGCCGAUACGACAGACACGACCAUGACGCUGCUCCGCCUCAAGCGGGCGGACGGUAAGAUCCAGGGUAUUCUCAACUGGUACGCCGUGCACGGCACGAGCGCACACAACACGAACACGCAUGUCACUGGAGACAACAAGGGCGUUGCAGCAUAUCUCUUUGAGAAGGAGUUUGGCGCCUCGACUGAAGCGGCGCCAGGUUUUGUGGCGGGCUUUUCGCAGUCUAAUGUUGGCGACACUUCACCUAACGUUCUGGGACAGUGGUGCACGGAUGGGUCGGGCGAAUGCUCACUAGAGACAAGUACAUGUGCGGACGGCAAGUCCACAAGCUGCCACGGCCGAGGGCCCAUGUGGGAGAAGAAUGAUCACGGAAUUGCAUCUGCCUUCGAGAUCGGGAGACGGCAAUACGCGGCCGCCAAGAAUAUUAUGGACUCCAUUGACAGCGGGAUGCCUGUUACUGGGCCGAGUGUGAAGGCGUUCCAUUUCUUCAAGGACAUGCGCUACUUCUCCUUCACGCGCCCCGACGGGACACAGGGAGUGACAUGCCCGGCGGCUCUUGGGGACUCCUUUGCGGCGGGGACCACCGAUGGGCCUGGCGUUGGGGACUUUGCGCAGACAGUGAAGGCGAACCCGUUCUGGAAGUUUGUUGGGGGCAUCCUUAAGACACCCUCGCCGCGCCAGAAAGCUUGCCAGGGCGUGAAAAGAAUUUUGCUUGAUGUCGGCGAGAUGGAGGCACCGUUUGCGUGGACAGCCAAUAUUGUCGACAUCCAGGUUCUCCGCGUUGGGCAGCUUGUGAUUAUCGUCAGCUCGCCCGAGGCCUCUACGAUGGCCGGGCGGCGGUGGCGCAGCGCAAUCGGAGAGGCUGCUAAAUCAUUCCUUCCCGCUGGCGUUCAGCCCAUCGUUGUCCUUGGAGGUCCCGCGAACACCUACACCCACUACGCGGUGACGCCCGAGGAGUAUGACGUCCAACGCUACGAGGGCAGCUCUACCCUCUACGGCCGCGACACGCUCAAUGCCUACAUCAACCUCACGGUCGGCGCCAUGUCCUACCUUUCGCCCGCAGCCAGUAGCGUCCCUCCAAGCGGCCCUGCACCUCCAGAUAACCGGGGCAAGUCCGCCAGCUUCGUCACGGCGGUUGUGUACGACAACGCGCCUAUCGGCAAGAAAAUGGGACAGGUUCUCUCGCAGCCGCUGGCUACGUACGCGCGCGGUGCGACCGUGAAGACUGUGUUCCAGGGCGCAAACCCGCGCAACAAUCUCCGCCUGGAAGGGACGUUCGCGGCCGUCGAGAUGCGUGGGGACGACGGCAGCUGGCAACGCGUGCGCGACGACUUUGACUGGCACUUAGUGUACUCGUGGAGGCGCACAGACGUCAUCUGGGGCGCGUCGACUGUGCAGAUUGACUGGGAAACUGUGGAUAACCCGGAGCCGGGCACGUAUCGUAUCAAGUAUUAUGGGGAUCAGAAGAAGCCGUUCACGGGCAGUAUUGAGGACUUUGAGGGUACCUCAAAUGAGUUUACUCUUACCUAG